AAGAUGAAGCUGAAAAGAAUUUUCUAGCCCAGAGCCACACCAUCAGACCAUUUUCGUCAUCACCUAAACAGACCCCUGCAAGCCCACCCAGUGACAAAUUUGAUGAAUCUUGGCCAGACAGUGAGCGACCCUCCUCUCCCAGUUUUCAUGCUGGAUCGACAAUCAAAGUGCAAAAGAUGAAGGAAGAAGAGUUCAGGCCAAGAUGCAACCUGAUGCAGCAUCUAGAUAUGAUACAGCUUCCUCCAAGCACAAAGCUUCUCAGCUUACAGCCAACAACUACCCUUCCACUUUGCAAGAUUAUAUUCCUGAGCAACUCUUUCCUGAAAAAUUGCAGCCUCCACAGGUGCCAAUAGAGGAGGGCUCAGUCCUGCAGAAAUACAUUGAACGAUUUCGGCAUGGAACACCCACCAGUCGGGAGGAGCGAAUGAAGUUGCAGGAGAAGAAACGUGAGUUCUGGGGAUCAAGUGCAUCCUCAAAUGGCAGCACAGGGAGCCUGGCUGGCAAGGGAGGAGAGUCACAGAGAAGAUAUACUGGUCUGACAUCAGAGAGGCUGCAAGAACAUGACCAGCAGGAUGAGACGACAGAACAGCUGCAGCAUAAAGCUGAACGUUUGUUGCAGAGUGCUCAGAGUUUGGCCUCUUCAGAACCUGUGGUCAGCACUGAUGGCCUAGGCUCAACAGGGAGUGACAUCAGCAGCUUUUCAGAACCUGCUGUUCGCCCAUUAUUUUUACCACGUCAAACUACAGGGGAAGUGCACCAUGGGCUGAGAGACUUCAAAUUUGGAAGCAUGGGAAUGAAAAGGCAUGAAGAUGAUAUCCUAUAUAAAUGGCGUUUGCAGCAUAAGAUGGAGCAGGCCAAACAAUUUCCAUUGUUGCCGACAGAUGAGACUGCAUUGCAUAAAACAACACCCGCUGAUGAAGAAGUAGCCACUAGACUUAAAGAGUUCAGAGAAAAGCUUCUUAAGCAAACAACAGUUGCAGCACAAGUUGUCAGAGAGGCACGAGUGGAGCGAAUUGUGAGAGAAACUGUGACUGUGAUGGACAGUGCAGUUCAGACAACUCCUCAGACCCUUCGCACAUUGUCUACAAAUGAAGUUCUCAAGGUGCCUAUGUGGUCAUUUUCUAGAAAGGCUGACUCUUCCGUCCAGACAGAGGAUCCACAACAUGUAGAUUUGAAAAAGAAUACCUUCAUCUUGGAGACUUCAGAAGGGUUGAAACUAAAGCAUACUAACAUGUCUUCGCAAGCUUCUGAGGAGGUGGACCCUUGUGAUAGUAGCCAGCAACCUCACACAGCUGCUGAAAGUUCAGGGGCAAAGUUUAGUUGUAAGGGGAAAGGGACAGAGGAAGAUGUUUGGAUUGACAAAAGUUUAAAACAAGUAGUUUCCGUGGGAGGAGAGGGAGAAAAGGCUCAACAGCCAGAAAACCAAAGUGGUACCCAGUAUAGACAGUUUCUUAAGGCUGAAAAGCCCCAUGUGUAUGAUGGUGGUGACACUCCCGAGAAAAAGCCUGACCGGCAUAAAAAUCCCCCAAAUGUCGAAAGAAGCAGAAUGGAAGAUUCCACAGGCAAGAGCUUGGCGUUUGGAAGAGUUGCCUCCCUUUCAAAUGUGUUGCAUCCAAACCAAAAUGGUGAGUGGAGUUCUCUUCCAUCACCAAGUGGCGACUUUGUUGUCCAGAAAGACAAAAUCCAACAAGGUGCUAGCAGAGGUUUACAGAGAUUGAAAGAGGUAUCUAAUUUUCCUAGGAAUUUGGAUGUCUGUUCUUCUCAGGGUGAGUGUGAGAUAGGAGGGGGAAAAGGUUCAAGCUGUGAAAGAAACAUGAAUGAAUACCCAACUGAAAGUGGAGACAUGCCAGAUUUACAGCAGAUUCUGAGGAGGCAACUUGAAAAUACUAGCAAACAACCUGUCAAGGACACUCAAGUCCUCAGAAGUACACUAGAAGACUUCAGCUCUGGAAAAAGAUUUGCUCCUUGGCAGAGCCAUCCUGAUCCUGAGGACAGAAGAGGGCAUGGUCCAUUUGGUGAGCCAGGAGCACCAGCUCAAACAAAGUUAAUAAGACAGAAAUCAGAAACGUCAAAGGUCAUGCCGAUCACCUCACUUUAGCAGUAGCCCUGCUCGGACGCCUGUUACUGCAGCCAUUGGACAGGUGGUACAUGACCGACUUUUUGAUGUCUCGGAGUCUUUGGUGUCAAGUGUAGACAGCUCAUGUCCACUUGUCAAUUCCAGCAGUCACCCCUUCCAAACAUCCCAGAGUCACCAACUAUCACUGCAUGAUGCUGAAGAGUACCAGUCAGAUGGAGAAUUUGAGUCGGACCCAUUGCUUCAGCUUCUUCGCCAACAACGCAGCCAGUGUGAGGACCAGCUUAGGUACCUUGACUCAGUCUUGUCAGAGAUGAAUGGAUAAAAUCAAAAUGGUGGCUCACAUGGAUAUGGCAUUCAUUUUUACUUCAUGCUUUUAUUUAUAUUUUGCGUGUGCAGAUAUGCAUGAUUGUGCACAUUGAAAAUUAAACUAUUUUCAAAGUUA